ACUAUCGUCUAUGUCGGAUGCAGAAUCAUACGCGGGAACAACAGUGCAACAUUAAAUAUACAUAUAUACACACAUAUGUAUGGUCAUAUCUGUGUGCAUAUGGACUCCAAAGUUAACGCUUUUCAGGCGCCUCCAAGUGGCAUUCUGUGUAGAUUCGCGAGUCGGUAGAGUUCGCGCUGUUGGUUACAUUUGAGCCGAAUUUUUUUGGGCUGAAAAUCCAUAUAAUUUUGCAAAGGUUUUUAUAUAAGAGGGAGAGGCGAGCAUUAUUUUUAAUUUAGCUGUUGAUAUUAUGCAUAAAGCGGAAAAUCAAAGAGAAAGCAAACAUCAAAACGGAACACCGAAGCCGGGAGAGUGAGUGAGCGAUCGAGUGUAUAGAUCGGUCGCUGUGAGGAGAACAGAAGGCGGCCUGGUUCUAAAAUCUGGUCGGGGCGAGAGAUCUCAAAAUUCCGUAUUGCGUGUGGAUACAUAUCUAGAAAGAUACAUACAUACAUAUAUCUACAUACAUACACAGUGUGUCGGAGAUUAUUGUUUGGUGAAUUUCCACUAACACAACUGCAGCAGCAGUCCCCUUCGUCCCCUUAGCGAAAGUCCAUUCACGGAACGUUUACAAAGUGCUCGAGCGUCCGCGGCCCUAUCAGAUCUACCAGGAAGUAAAACGCAGCAAACUGAACAAUUCAUCUCGUAAUUUACUUUGGCUGUAGCCAGAAACAGCGGACAACGGACAACGGACAACGCACAUAAAUACGGAUACGAGUACUACUAGCGCCGCGUAUAAAGGAGGAAUCCAACCAACAGAUAUAGAAAUGUUUUCCUUCGGCGCUGUUUCUGCUGCUGUCGCUAUAAAUAUUUACAAAAUGUAAAUAUGUAUCUAUAUACACGCGAGCACAUACCCCUGUAGAUACACAUAAGCGUAUGUGCAUAAAUAUAUAUGCGUGCACGGGCCGCUUUUAUUGUCUUUUUGUGGUUAAAGCUUCGAACCGAAUCGCUAGAUUUCAAAUUGAAUCAGGGAUUGAAUCUAAGCAGCGCAAGUGAUGUGAAGUGAGAUACUUUGGUUCGAGACAAAUAUUUUCAACCCAAAAGGUCCUAUGUAAACAGGCAAAAUGUCAAAGAAACCACGCGGAAACAUUCACAAGAUCCGGGAAUUCGAGUUGGAGAAGAUCCAGCUUGUGGACGAAUUUGAUAUAAUACAAAUUGUGGGUGAAGGAUGGUUCGGCAAGAUACUUCUGGUGGAGCACCGCGGAUCCCAGACAGAAAUGGUACUCAAGGCGGUACCCAAACCGUAUGUGACGCUGCGCGACUUCUAUCGGGAGUUUCACUACGGACUCCAUUUGGGCGUGCAUCGGCAUAUUGUGACCACGUAUGAUGUGGCAUUCGAGACGGCCGGUUUCUAUGUAUUCACCCAGGAAUAUGCGCCGCUAGGGGAUCUCACAUCGAAUGUGACGGAUACGGGCGUGGGCGAGGUGUACAGCAAGCGCGUGGCCAAGCAGCUGGCUUCCGCCAUAGACUACAUGCAUUCAAAAGACAUAGUGCAUCGGGACAUCAAGUUGGAUAAUGUGCUCAUCUACCGAGCGGACUUUCAACGCAUCAAAUUGUGUGAUUUCGGCGAGUCCUUCCCGACGGGCGCCAGCGUGGAGCGGCGGAACGAGUGGCUGCCCUACAGCCCCCCAGAAGUAUUAGAAAUCAAGCCCGAGGGCAGCUACAAAGCCGAUCCUAGCCAUGAUGUUUGGCAGUUCGGCAUUGUGAUCUUUGUCUGCCUGACCGGCUGUCUGCCUUGGCAGAAGGCAGCCUCGGAUGAUCCCCGCUAUGUGCGAUACUCGGCCUGGCAGGGGGGUCUCAUGAUGAUGCCACUGCGGCGCACGCCUCGACUCUUCAAGCUGCUCACCUCCAAUGCCCAGCGCAUGUUUAAGCGGUUCUUCGCGCGAAUGUCGAACCGUCCCAAGAGUCUGGCGGAUGUAACAAAGUUCCUCGACGAUCGCUGGCUGGCCAAGACGGCUCAGAAGGAUAUGGCCGAGUACGAGACGGACGAGCUGUGCCCAUCCAUGUACUCCUUUCACAGCAGCCCCGAUGAGAAGAACCGACUGCUCUACACAUUGGCCGACUGCGGGAUCGAGACGAAUGUCGAUCGCCAGCAGAAGAAGAAUCGCAUCAAAGACUGGAUAGAGUCGUCCAUCAUCACAGAGGAAGAUGAGGAGGAGAACGAGGAGACAAACUCGGCAUCGCCCUCAUCAUCAGUUUCCCGAGAGCCGCUGCCCGGCCACAUCUCCUCGCUGCGCAAACCGCUGGAACAGAGCCCCAAGGAGGUCAAGAGCACCUUGAAAGACGCCACACAGAAGCACUUCGAUCCACGGACGGGGGCCCUGCAACAGGGUCCCAGCGAAAUGGGCCAAGUGCCCAUGCAAUAUUCCAAGUCCGCCAGUCCCUCCAACUACAGCACAGCCUCCACUCUGAACAAUGCAGACAGCCUGCUGACACUGGGCUCCAGGCAGGAUCUGCUUGCUAGCAACCUGACCAUGUACACCUCCAUGGAGACGGAGCUGAAUCGACUAGUUAAAGACAGUGCCUACGGAUCGGCCGACGUGAGUGAGAUGAGCAGGAAGAGCCCUAGGAAUCCUCAGCACCAGCGCUUGGAAGACUCCCACAUGAAAGACACGGCGUACGAUCGCGCAGCGGUCACCAGCAGCAGCAGCAACAACAUCGCCCGGCGCCUGCGCAGAUAGCAGUGAUCCGGCCUAGUGGUGACGGGAUAUGACUCCAUGCAUACAUAUAGCAACUGAUUAACAAGUUCCAAUAAAUAGAUAAUGUACAUU